AUGCAAGAUACAGAAUAUUUUGACGACUUAGCAGAAACUUUGACAUCUGACUUUUACAACCACUUGUUCUCAUAUUUCAUGACAUUAGAUAUUUCUAAGUUCAAUCCAAGACAAAUUCCACAUACCGAAGAAAGACAAACAUUGUUAGAAGCAAACAAGAGUGUAUAUGAACUGUUCAUAGAUGAGACUAACUUUGAGUGUUUAGAUGAAAGGUCAUUGUACGAUUCGUAUAAACAGUAUUGUCAAGAGUAUGGUUAUAUGGCAGCUUCUAAACGUACAUUCUUGGCAAAUGUCAAAAAUCUUUUAGAUGUUCAGAACGGCGUAUAUACAAAGAAAAAUUUUUAUGAGUAA